UUGCUGCUGCUGCAUCGCUGUGUGCGAACGACUCUCUGCGUGCACAACAACGUGUCAUACAUCUCCGGUCUUGAUGUAUGUGUCUAUAGUCUACAUGUAUUCCAGACGAAAGCGACACCCUGAUGGUUCUGUGCCUGAUGCUUUCGUGGACAUAUCUGAGCUGCGUCAUGUAUUUGUGUGCAGCUCAAGUGAUCACGUGAGGUAUUGAGAGGUAUUCAUCCACCGCCGCCCGCCUGGCCAUCUCUCUCCUCCCUCUCCGAUACGAAACGAGAACCGAGAGAGUUCCGCCGUCGGCGGUGGGUUGCAGGAGCAGUCUUGCAGGAGAGAGAUAGAUCCACUUCAAACGAGAGUUUCGCCGCGUUAGCCAUGUUAGGUCCGCCUCCGCCCACCGUCGGAAGCGUCGGAACUCGAGUGCGGGGUGUUGGUGACGUGUGUUCGAAUAUGGCCUCGCCACCUGCCGCGCAGCGGUGUAUUCCGGGCGGGUAUAAUACUGACUUGCACGCGGCAGCAUUUGACAACGAUGAUGAGCUCAUGGAUACCCUACUUUCCAGUGGAUCGGCCGACAUUGAUCGGCGGGGCAAUCCACGAGGCUGGACUCCGCUCAUGGUCACUGCCGGUGAGGGUCACUCGCAAGUUGUUGGGAUCUUGCUGAACAAGGGAGCGGACUUGUCGGUAGUGAACGAUUUGGGUUCUACUGCCCUGUUCAUCUCUGUUUCUUUUGGGCACGUACCUGUAACGAGGAUGCUCGUGAAUGCGGGCGCCAAUCUCGAAGCGGCGGAUCUAACGGCGGGGUGGACUCCGGUCAUGAUGGCUGCCUACAUGGGCCACUCGAAAAUUCUUGGGAUCUUGCUAAACAAGGGAGCUGACUUGUCGGUGGUGGACAAGUGGGAUGCUACUGUCCUGAUCAUCUCUGCUCGUUUGGGACACGUAGCUGCGACGAGGAUGCUCGUGACUGCAGGUGCUAAUCUAGAAACGGCUGAGCCACAGGGAUGGACGCCGCUCAUGGUGGCUGCCUACAACGGCCACUCGCAAGUUGUUGGGAUCUUGCUGAACAAGGGAGCUGACUUGUCGGUAGUGGACAAGCGGGGUGCUACUGCUCUGACUAUGUCUGCUGGUUAUGGGCACGUGGCUGUGACGAGGAUGCUCGUGAAUGCCGGCGCCGAUCUCGACGCGGCGGAUUCUGCGGGAUUCACGCCACUUCACAUGGCUUCCGUCAAGGACCAUUCCGAGGUAAUCAAAACUUUAGCGAAUAAAGGCGCAAACCCAGACAGCCGUAUGCCUGCCGGAGAGACACCACUUUUCAUGGCAGCGAAAAGCGGGCAUGUAGCCGCCAUCAGCGAACUCCUUCGUGCGAAUGCGAACCCCUUGCUCGGUCGAAUGGAUACAUACCUGCGGGGACGGAUAAUCCUGCCGCUGGAUGCCGCGGUGAUCUCAAAGCACGCAGCGGUAGUACGAAAGCUGAUACAGCAACUCGGGAUCCAAGGCUGUGGCGGUGCAAGCGCCGGCGCAGAUGCUUCAAGAUGGGCGGUACAAACCCAGCAAUAUGAUAUCGUGGUCAUGUUGGCGGACACCGGAGAAAUCGAUACAGGCAGAGUCCUGAUCGAUGCUGCAAAAUUUGGCAGCGAGGCAUUAGUGAAAAUCCUCUUGCAGCAGCAACGGGGGAAACACAUGGACUGGGAUACAUACGUCAACAAAAAACAACCAGACGGUAGAACACCAGUGGUGUGUCGCAUUGGGCGUGCCCUCCGAUCAGGCUCUCCCAGGGUUCUGCGGCUAUUUCUGGACGCCGGUGCUGACACGGCAUCGACCGUUAGAAUUACCAAUAAGGAAGGAGUACAAUUAUUCAGAGGUACGCCUCUAGCUUACACGACCUGGCUUCUCCGUGAUCAACAAGCCCGAGGAAUCGACUCCACGAAGGGAGAGCCGUGCAGCCUGGAGGCCGUCCGUCGCAUGCUGUUGCAACUUGAGGCAAUACGCGCGGUCUCUUGGUGCUGGCAGAGCGAUGCCUUGUCAUCUAUCGAACGAGCUGUACAGGAUGGCAGGCCGAGAGCCAAGUCUAGGCUGACAGUGGACACGCCGCUGGGUUUGACACUACCAAGGAGGAGGAAGGCUCGGGCGCGUCGGGUACUCGUGAUGGCCAUGUCCAGGUAUUCGAGAAAACCGAUGAGCUCCAGGGAGUACAAAAAGCAACCACGUGGUGUGCGAAGCAUCAGUUCUCCAGUGCAAGAAUUUCCAGCAGACAAAGCACCGCCGGCAAACACGUCAGAUCGUGAUGAGAGCUUGUGGAAUAUGGUCCUGAUAGUGCUCGUGUCGAUGUUUCAGAUGUCCAUCUGGUUCAACACCUAAAGAAGUAUCACCAGCAAACCCGUCGGGCGUUGA